AUGGUGCGUCUAACUCUGCUUGGACAGUAUCCCCCUGAAGGCCAGAAGGCAGUCACCCUCUGGCUCCCUUCCAUCCGUGCUCUGAUCGAAGAGGCUGAGGCUAGGGUUUUGGAGAACCUCCAAGGGAAUGCAGGGGGACUCCUCGGUGGCCAGACAGACAGCUACAUUCACAAUAUACGGGAGCAGGACUUCCAGCAGGGGUCAAACUCCUUGGUCCAGUCCAGGAAAGCCGGUAUCACGUCAGCACUCGCAUCGAGCACUUUAAACAAUGAAGAGCUAAAAAACCACGUUUACAAGAAGACCCUUCAAGCCUUAAUCUACCCCAUCUCUUCCACAACGCCCCACAACUUUGAGGUGUGGACGGCCACCACACCUACCUACUGCUACGAGUGCGAGGGCCUGCUGUGGGGCAUUGCACGCCAAGGGAUGCGGUGCACCGAAUGUGGGGUGAAGUGUCACGAGAAGUGCCAAGAUCUCCUGAAUGCCGACUGCCUGCAAAGAGCGGCAGAGAAAAGUUCGAAGCAUGGAGCCGAGGACCGGACGCAGAAUAUCAUCAUGGUGCUCAAAGACCGCAUGAAGAUCCGGGAACGCAAUAAGCCAGAGAUCUUUGAACUGAUCCAGGAGAUCUUUGCGGUCUCCAAGACCACUCACACGCAGCAGAUGAAGGCCGUCAAGCAGAGCGUCUUAGACGGCACCUCCAAAUGGUCGGCCAAGAUCAGCAUCACAGUUGUUUGUGCACAAGGCUUACAGGCGAAGGACAAGACUGGCUCCAGCGAUCCGUACGUCACUGUCCAGGUUGGGAAGACCAAAAAGAGAACGAAAACUAUCUAUGGCAAUUUAAACCCCGUGUGGGAGGAGAACUUUCAUUUCGAAUGCCAUAACUCUUCCGACCGAAUCAAAGUCCGUGUCUGGGAUGAAGACGACGACAUCAAGUCUAGAGUCAAGCAGCGCUUCAAGAGAGAGUCUGACGACUUUUUGGGCCAGACUAUCAUCGAGGUGCGGACGCUGAGCGGGGAGAUGGACGUCUGGUACAACCUCGACAAGCGAACGGACAAGUCGGCGGUGUCUGGAGCCAUCCGGCUGCACAUCAGCGUGGAGAUCAAAGGCGAGGAGAAAGUGGCACCAUACCAUGUGCAAUACACCUGCCUCCAUGAGAACCUCUUUCAUUUUGUGACGGACAUCCAAAACAACGGUGUGGUAAAAAUCCCAGACGCGAAGGGCGACGACGCGUGGAAAGUGUACUUCGAUGAGACGGCCCAAGAGAUUGUGGAUGAGUUUGCCAUGAGAUAUGGGGUGGAGUCCAUCUAUCAGGCCAUGACGCACUUUGCCUGUCUCUCCUCCAAAUAUAUGUGCCCCGGGGUGCCCGCAGUUAUGAGCACCCUUUUGGCCAACAUCAAUGCAUACUAUGCUCACACUACUGCCUCCACCAACGUCUCUGCCUCCGACCGUUUUGCCGCUUCCAAUUUCGGGAAAGAACGGUUUGUCAAAUUGCUGGACCAGCUACACAAUUCUCUUCGGAUUGAUCUCUCCAUGUACCGGGAACCCUGCUUGUUCACCCCUUCUCUCUCCUCUGCAGAGCAUGACAAGCAUCGUCUGUGCAAGAGCGCUGACUACAUGAAUUUGCACUUUAAGGUGAAGUGGCUGUAUAAUGAAUACGUCACUGACCUCCCUUCCUUCAAGCCCCGGGUCCCCGAAUAUCCUGCGUGGUUUGAGCCUUUUGUCAUACAAUGGCUGGACGAGAACGAGGAGGUUUCACGAGAUUUCCUGCACGGAGCUCUGGAACGGGACAAAAAGGACGGGUUCCAGCAAACGUCGGAGCACGCCCUUUUCUCCUGCUCCGUGGUGGAUGUCUUCUCCCAGCUCAACCAGAGCUUUGAGAUCAUCAAGAAGUUAGAGUGCCCCGAUCCGCAGAUCGUGGGCCACUACAUGCGCAGGUUUGCCAAGACCAUUAGCAACGUUUUGCUGCAAUACGCCGAGAUAAUCGCCAAGGAUUUUGCCUCUUACUGCUCCAAAGAGAAGGAGAAAGUGCCCUGCAUCCUAAUGAACAACAUUCAGCAACUUCGUGUCCAGCUGGAGAAGAUGUUCGAGGCCAUGGGAGGGAAAGAGCUGGACACAGAGGCCAGCGACAUCCUCAAAGAGCUGCAGGUGAAACUGAACAACGUCUUGGAUGAGCUGAGCCGGGUGUUUGCCACCAGUUUUCAGCCACAUAUUGAGGAAUGCGUGAAGCAGAUGGGCGAUAUUCUGAGUCAAGUAAAGGGCACCGGGAAUGUCCCUGCCAGCGCCUGCAGCAGUGUGGCCCAGGAUGCUGACAACGUCUUGCAACCCAUCAUGGAUUUCUUGGACAGCAACCUGACUCUCUUUGCCAAGAUCUGCGAGAAGACAGUCUUGAAACGAGUCCUGAAGGAGCUUUGGAAACUGGUCAUGAACACCAUGGAGAAGACCAUUGUGCUCCCUCCCCUCACUGACCAGACGAUGAUUGGGACACUCUUGCGAAAACAUGGCAAGGGGACAGAGAAGAGCAGGGUGAAAAUUCCCAGUCACACGGAAGGCACGCAGAUGAUUUUCAACGCAGCCAAGGAACUGGGCCAGCUGUCGAAGCUCAAGGACCACAUGGUGCGAGAAGAGGCCAAGAGUUUGACCCCCAAGCAAUGUGCUGUGGUGGAGCUUGCCCUGGACACCAUCAAGCAAUAUUUCCAUGCUGGAGGUGUUGGGCUCAAGAAAACCUUCCUCGAGAAGAGCCCUGAUCUACAAUCGCUCCGCUAUGCCCUCUCGCUUUACACACAAGCCACAGACCUGCUCAUCAAAACAUUUGUCCAGACUCAGUCUGCUCAGGUUCAUGGUGGAAAAGGUAUUAGGUUUACACUUAGUGAAGAAAUUUAUCCUGAAAAGGGGUCUGGAGUAGACGACCCCGUCGGCGAAGUCUCCAUCCACGUCGAACUGUUCACUCAUCCGGGCACGGGGGAGCAUAAAGUCACCGUCAAAGUGGUGGCUGCCAAUGACCUCAAGUGGCAAACCUCGGGCAUCUUCCGUCCCUUCAUUGAGGUCAACAUCAUCGGGCCGCACCUCAGCGACAAGAAGAGGAAGUUUGCCACCAAAUCAAAAAAUAACAGCUGGUCUCCCAAAUAUAACGAAAGCAUUCAGUUCACCUUGGGCACGGAGACGGGGCCGGAGUGCUACGAGCUGCAGGUAUGCGUGAAGGACUACUGCUUUGCCCGGGAGGACCGCACGGUGGGCAUCGCCAUCCUCCAGCUGAAAGACAUCAUGCAGAGGGGCAGCUGCGCCCUCAAGCUGGCUUCGCCUCUUUUGGGGCGCGCAUCCAACAUGGGACGGCUAUCGGGCUGACGGUCCCAGGCGAUCCUCUCCCAAGCAACAACGUAUCGUAGGUGGCCAAGGCGAGUUUGCGGUCAAGCUGGAAAUCGGACACGCCGUCUCGGCUGGAGGAGGGCAGCAGCUAAGGCUCCUCCCCCUCUCUCCCUCUGCCCUCCCCUUCACCCACAUGCUGCUAGAAUCACCUUCCCCCUCCCCCUUUUCUCUUUUAUACAGCCAUGUCAAAGCCAUAGAGUUUGCAAACGUCCCCUCUUUCCCCCCAACUUCUCCCUCCUCCGCCUCGAUUCGGGAGUUUUCUCCCACUGCCAAGGAUCACUUCAAAAUUGCCAAAUCCGCCCCUUCCCCAUCCUCAAGAGGGGAAAGGCACCUCUUUCUGGAAGGGUGGACAGAGAUACCUAUGGAGGUGAUUCCCCCCCUUUCCAUACCUCAGCCCUCCCCCCUACCAAGAGCAUUUCUUUUUUCCUGGGCAAGGGGGCCAAGAAACUUGUCUGCGUAGCAGGCAAAGGCACAAGACGCCCCCUUGCUGGCCUCUGGGCUGCCAGGAAGGAAUUUUGUUUCUGCUUUAGUAAACGGGCCCACACAGGGGGUCGAUUGCAAACAGGCUUACCCCGGAGGGCGGGGCGGGGGGGGCAAUACUGGUUUGGGGGAAAAUAGGGCUGGCAAAGGGGAGGCGAACUCUCUGCUGCACGCACACAUACAGGCUCUCCAGUCAAAAAACGCCCCCCUCCCCAACUCUGGGUUGCUUUCAGUCCCGGCAGAGAGAAAAAAAACCCAACAGGGACGAGAGAGGUUUGUGGGGCAUUCACCUCGCACGCACACACACACCCCCAGAAAGAACACACCAGGGAAGGACUUGUUUAAUCAGUCAAGAGAUAACCCCCUCCCUACCACUACCGUGCAGAUUGUUUUUACAGCCACGUCUGGAGUUGCACCAAUGGGUCUGUCAGCUUGCCGUGUGGCACAGGCAGGGUUGACGCAGAGGGCAGGAGGCCGCGAAGACCGCAGUCCACUUGGGGCUGUCCCACACGUCCACUGUCCUUCGCUGACUCUCGUGGUCGUACGCACGACAACCAGUGACGGCACGGGAGGAGCGAUACCUCCCCUUCCCCCGUGCCUUUUGUGGCUUGCGGCGACGGUUCGGUUUCUGUGCUGCUAUUAAAUCCGUGCCCAAAUGCUGCACCCAUCUGUGGCCAAGCACGCUUGCGGAAAAUGGCCCGUAUAAUUGUGGCGUUGGAAUCAUGUGGUCUUCCUAGUUGGGGGAGGAACGGCAGGAGGCUGCCUGCAGGAAGGAGUGAUAUCCGAAGACGAGCGCGCCAGUAUCUUGUUCCGUAGGAAACAGGCAGCUACUUAUCCGUUGACAGUCGAACCCUGCUUCGUGCCCGGUGACACCUUUUCUAGCGUCCACCGAGUGUUUUUCAGGAGCGGGUGGGGGCCAGGUAGGACUUUUGCCCGGCAAACCUCGUGACUGACUGUUGGACUUUGAUUGGCCCCGGCGGAUGGUUAAAAAACGAUCUGCACUGUGUUAUUGAGACCGAGCUGUGGCAAUCAUUUUGUGGCUGGCUCCACCUCUUUCAGCAGCCAUUUUGUUGCUGCGUCCACGAUGCCCUGUCAGAAUUCCAUACAUGCCCUUAGGCUCAACAAGAUUGGGGACUCUUGGUAUAGAACCGUGGUGGCGAAUCUUUGGCACUCCAGAUGUUAUGGACUACAAUUCCCAUCAGCUCCUGCCAGCAUAGCCAAUUAGCCAUGCUGGCAGGGGCUGAUGGGAAUUGUAGCCAAUACCAUCUGGAGUACCAAAGGUUCGCCACUACUGGUAUAGAAUGUGCUGAGUGGUAUGUAGAGGUAGGGGGAGAGUGCUCUAUGCAAGCCCAGAAGCCCAACAGCUGCUCAGCAGGCACUGAGGCGUUUUCCCCACGGCCAACAUAUCCUGGGAUAAGGAAGUGAACCAUCCCAGUUCAGCCAUGAUUUCCGCAUGGCUUCCGGGGCUAAAUCGGCCCUGCCCCGCGAGAUUCCUCUUAUCCUGCGCCUUUCAAAAAAUGACGAAAUUGGCGGGGUUUUUUUUAAAAAAAACCGCGCCCGCUCCCAAACACCGCAGGAGAUGGAGCGGUUUAUUUUUCCCGCCUCACUGGCUGUAACCAACCAGAAUGGUGGGAAAAUGGGACAGUUCGUGCAUGUGCGCCAACGUCGGCGAGGAAAAUGAAAGUAAACCGGGGGCCGUGCGCAAUCACCUGGAGUUCUUCCUCCCAGCCUGAACGCGCUGAGGGGCUGCCAUGCGGAGGAACUGAGAUGGAAACAUCCCGGUAUGUAUGAUCCCGGUCCCCCCCCCCCCCCAGAAAUGUUGGCUGUGGGGAAACCGGCAGAAAUGAACAUAAUAGUGCAUCAGGCUGGUGUGGGAACCUUCUUUCCCAUUCUUAGAAAGUGAAUGCAGUUCCCCUCCUCUGACGGCAAGCAACUGUACCUACUAAUACCAACUAGAAUGUCUGCAUGACUGCCCCGUUUCAGGAGCAAGGCGGGCAGCAUCAUGCAAAAUGGUCUGGCCGUUGCAGACCCGAUGGGCUGAGACCGUUAGGAACUUGGGGGGCAAAGACAGAGUCUGGGCAAAGAGGGCAGGGAACCAAAGAUGCGAGGGCUAGCAUCUUCUCUAGUGGCACGUCUCUAGAGGAACGACAUUAAAUCCCACACUUCACCUGUUCUAAUGCCACAUACCCAGUUUAGUCUUUCAUGUUGGGUACAUCGCAGUUCACCUCUAAGCCCCUCGCCCCCACCCCUCAGCUGUUUCCCCGUUUCCACACUCAGCUGCCGGUUUCCCUGCCAAGUAUGAGAUUGGGCCAAGCAAGGCGACCAGCGUUCGCCAGCUCCAGUCAUAAGAACAUAAGAACGAGCCUGCUGGAUCAGACCAGAGUCCAACUAGUCCAGCACUCUGCUACUCGCAGUGGCCCACCAGGUCGUCACUGGUUCUCUCCCAUGCUGGAACUGUAGCAUGGGGCAGAUAUUUCUGUAAAAUCUCUCCUUCCCAAACUGUGUUCCGCAGUUGCCUGCAGGACUCGACAACCGUUCUGAUCGAAUUGAAGGCUGAGAGGUUGGCCUAGUCGUCGCCUCCCUCAAUCUGUGGUUCCCAAAAGCUCCUCCAAGCAUCUGACCCCCCCAAGUUCCACCAUCUUUACAGGCUGGUUUCUCCCCCUCCCCCAUCCCAACAUCACCAAAGGAUCCAUAUUCCCAUUUUUAAAAAAUGUCUGUUUCUCUCAGUACGACUCACCCGGGACCAAAGCGUCUGAAUUUGAGUUGAAUGUUUACACAUACACACCUAAACUUUUACGAACGUCAUUGGUCACAAAAUGGACGCAGAACGACCCCGAUCUUCCCUUUAGGUCCACCUCUGCACAAACGGACCUCACACCUCCGUUACCCUAAGACCCUGCCACAAGGCGGGAAGCCCCAGGCGGGGGUAGUUUGGGAUACCGCUCCCCCCGGUCCGCCAGUCCGUCUCCCUCUUGACCGAUUCUCCCCCCCCUCCUCACUGAUUCUGUUUGGCAUGUGGUUGAAGCAAAAGAAACAAAAAAAUAGAAGCAAAAAAGCUCCCCCUCCUCCUUCCUAGUGAACUCCCGAGCAGUCCGAUCCAGUUAAUUCACGUCUUGGCAAAUUGUUCCAUGUCGUCUGUUCUGUACAUAUCUGAAGUGGAUUGAACAUUGGUUACCAGCCACUGGAUGCAUGACAAGUGAGAUGUUUUGCACUAUUUUGAAUUUUUGGGGCUCUAUACAAAUAUUUUAUUAACUGACAGUAAAAAAAAAGAAACGAGAAAAAA